AUGCUAAACCAAACCCCAACUCCAUCUCUGCUUCAUCAAUCAAGAUUUUACAAUCAUGGCCUCCUUUUCCUCUGUUUCAAAACCACCUCUGAUUGUAGCGGUGUUUGUAAUUCUGGUGGCUUCCGAGGGUUUCAUUGCCCGAGCUAGGGCGGCAGGAGAGUGCGGGAAGACACCGGUAGAGUCCGCGGCGUUGGGGCUGACGCCGUGCCUGGCGGCUACCAGGGAUGCCAGAGCUAAGGUUUCGCCGGCUUGCUGUAGCAGAGUGGCGGCGAUGUUUAAUACUUCCCCGAAAUGCUUGUGCGCUAUUCUGCUUUCGCCGGUGAGUAAGCAGGCCGGAAUUAAUCCGGCCAUUGCUAUUACCAUCCCCAAACGCUGCAACAUCAGAAACCGUCCCGCCGGCAAGAAAUGUGGAAAGUACACUCUCCCUUGAGACAGCAGCCCACACCCACUCUGAGAGAUGUUAUAAUGUUAUGUUAUAACUAUGCUAUCAAAUUUCAUCCAAAUAAAUAAAGGGAUGUUCGAGUUAUUUUCUUACGA